UUUCCCAUAAUUCCGUGCUGCCUCUGGGAAUCUUUGCUCCUGUUGGGUCUCCCUCAGCUGCAUGUUUUCCUAAUAAACAUGGAGGUGACAGCCGCACGCCGCUCGUUUCUUUGCGAUAUCGGUGAGCACCGGGAAUUAUUGAAGGCUUCUGGGCAGACCGGACUGCUCUGCAUGAAGCAGCAUCCCACGGCAGGGCUCUACAGUUGAAACAGCUGGUAGAAAGUGGAGCUUCUGUCAACAUGGUGACGGUGGACAACAUCACUCCCCUACAUGAAGCCUGCAUACAGGCUCACCCUAACUGUGCCCGACUGCUGCUGGAGGCUGGAGCCCAGGUGGAUGUUCGCACCAUCCAUGGCAGCACUCCUCUGUGUCACGCCUGUGCUUCUGGCAGCCUGGAGUGUGCCAAGCUGUUGCUGAAAUAUGGAGCCAAAGUGAACCCGUCGCUCACAGCUCUCACUGCGUCACCGCUCCACGAGGCCUGCAUACAAGGUAAUCCCGAAGUCGUGAGGCUGAUGAUAGCCAGCGGUGCCAAGCUGGAGGCGUUCGAUGUCCACUUUGGUCCUCCCCUUCACAUAGCAUGUGCUAAAGGUCACAUGGAUUGUGUCAAGGAGCUGCUCAGUGCAGGUGCCAACGUGAAUUCUGUGAAGUUCCAUGAGACAGCUCUGCACCAUGCUGCUCGGGUUCAAAUGGUGGAGAUGAUGGAGCUCUUGGUGGAGUUUGGAGCUAACGUGUACGCCAGCGACAACCUGGGAAGGAAGCCUGUAGACUACACAACCCCUGCCACUCCCUCUUACACCUGCCUCCGUUUUUAUGAAAGUAAUCCUCUGAGCCUGCAGCAGCUUUGUAGGAUUGCUGUGAGGACGAUUCUGGGUACCAGAGCUCCAGAGGUCAUCGGUCAGCUGGGUCUGUCUCACCGCAUCCACAGCUACCUUCAGUACUGGGAUCAACCCACAUCACUACAGACUGACCCAUGAAUGGUCUUAAAUACAAAAUGUCUCAAAGAAGCGUCGUAGACAUCACAUCUACUUAAAUAUUUACUGUCUUGGGCCAUGGCUAAGUUUGUUGUUUUAGUAAAGUUGUGAUGAGA